AUGAACAAAAGAAUUCUCACAGUCCUUCUCCUGAUUACUGGUAAAUUCAUUCUCUGGUCUUUAAAUUGUAGAUCAUUACGAAAUUCUAAAAGCUAUUCUAAAAUCUAUGCUUUUUAAUUUGCAACAGCAUCAGGGAAUGCCCAAAGCCCAACAACUAAUGCCCCCACAACAACCACAGCUGCUGCAACCACAACCACAGAUGCUCCAACUGCAACCACAAAUGGAGUCACAACAACCACAGUUUCUCCCACAACAACCACAGCUGCUGCCACCACAACCACAGAAGCCACCACGGUCACUACAGCUGGCAUCACAACUACCACAGUUGCUCCCUCAACAACCACAGCUGCUCCAACUACAACCACAACUACGUCCAUGACGACCACCACAGCUCCUGCCAUGACAAUGACAGCUGCAGCUGCUGCAGCAGCCACCACAACCACAGUUGCUGCCACAACAACCACAGGUGCUCCAACUACAACCACAGCUGCUGCCACUUCAACCACAGCAGCUGCCCCCACAACUACAGUUGCUCCAACUACAACCACAAAUAUCGCCACAACAACCACAGCGGCCACCACAACGACCACAGCUGCUCUAACUACAAACACAGCUGCUCCAACUACAACUACAGUUGUCCCCACGACAACCACAGCUGGUGCCACAACAACCACAGCAGCUGCCCCCACAACCACAGCUGCUCCCUCUACAACCACAACUGCUGCCACAACAACCAUAACUGCUGCCACUACAACCACAGCUGCUCCAACUACAACCACAGUUGUCCCCACGACAACCACAGCUGGUGCCACAACAACCACAUCAGCUGCCCCCACAACCACAGCUGCUCCAACUACAACCACAGCUGCUUCCUCUACAACUACAGCUGCUGCCACCACUAACACACCUGCCGCCACAGUCACUACAGCUGGCAUCACAACUACCACAGUUGCUCCCUCAACAACCACAGCUUCUCCAACUACAACCACAAAUACGUCCAUGACGACCACCACAGCUCCUGCCAUGACAAUGACAGCUGCAGCUGCUGCAGCAGCCACCACAACCACAGUUUCUGCCACAACAACCACAGGUGCUCCAACUACAACCACAGCUGCUGCCACUUCAACCACAGCAGCUGCCCCCACAACUACAGUUGCUCCAACUACAACCACAAAUAUCGCCACAAAAACAAUAGCUGCCACCACAACAACCACAGCUGCUCCAUCUACAAACACAGCUACUACCACAACAACAACUUCUCCAACAACAACAGCUGCUGCCACCACAACCACAGAUGCUCCAACUACAACCAAAAAUGGAGUCACAACAACCGCAGUUUCUCCCACAACAACAACAGCUGCUCCAACUACAACCACAACUACGUCCAUGACGACCAACACAGCUCCUGCCAUGACAACGACAGCUGCAACUGCUGCAGCAGCCACCACAACCACAGUUGCUGCCACAACAACCACAGGUGCUCCAACUACAAUCACAACUGCUGCCACUUCAACCACAGCAGCUGCCCCCACAACUACAGUUGCUCCAACUACAACCACAAAUAUCGCCACAACAACAAUAGCUGCCACCACAAAAACCACAGCUGCUCCAUCUACAAACACAGCUACUACCACAACAACAACCUCUCCCACAACAACAACAGCUGAUGCCACCACAACCACAGAUGCUCCAACUACAACCAAAAAUGGAGUCACAACAACCACAGUUUCUCCCACAACAACCACAGCUGCUGCCACCACAACCACAGCUGCCGCCACGGUCACUACAGCUGGCAUCACAACUACCACAGUUGCUCAAACUACAACCACAACUACGUCCAUGACGACCACCACAGCUCCUGCCAUGACAACGACAGCUGCAACUGCUGCAGCAGCCACCACAACCACAGUUGCUGCAAAAACAACCACAGGUGCUCCAUCUACAACCACAGCUGCUGCCACUUCAAUCACAGCAGCUGCCCCCACAACUACAGUUUCUCCAACUACAACCACAAAUAUCGCCACAACAACCACAGCUGCCACCACAACGACCACAGCUGCUCUAACUACAAACACAGCUGCUCCAACUACAACUACAGUUGUCCCCACGACAACCACAGCUGGUGCCACAACAACCACAGCAGCUGCCCCCAUAACCACAGCUGCUCCCUCUACAACCACAACUGCUGCCACAACAACCAUACCUGCUGCCACUACUACCACAUCUGCUCCAACUACAACCACAGCUGCUCCAACUACAACCACAGUUGUCCCCACGACAACCACAGCUGGUGCCACAACAACCACAUCAGCUGCCCCCACAACCACAGCUGCUCCAACUACAACCACAGCUGCUUCCUCUACAACUACAGCUGCUGCCACCACUACCACACCUGCCGCCACGGUCACUACAGCUGGCAUCACAACUACCACAGUUGCUCCCUCAACAACCACAGCUGCUCCAACUACAACCACAACUAUGUCCAUGACGACCACCACAGCUCCUGCCAUGACAACGACAGCUGCAACUGCUGCAGCAGCCACCACAACCACAGUUUCUGCCACAACAACCAAAGGUGUUCCAACUACAACCACAGCUGCUGCCACUUCAACCACAGCAGCUGCCCCCACAACUACAGUUGCUCCAACUACAACCACAAAUAUUGCCACAACAACCACAGCUGCCACCACAACGACCACAGCUGCUCUAUCUACAAAAACAGCUACUGUGUCAACAACAACUCCAACUACAACCACAGCUGCUCCAACGACAACCACAAUAACGUCCAUGACAACCACCAAAGCUCCUGCCAUGACAAUGACAACUGCAACUUCUGCAGCAGCCACCACAACCACAAUUGCUGUCACAACAACCACAGAUGCUCCAACUACAACCACAGCUGCUGCCACAACGACCACAGCUGCUCUAACUACAAACACAGCUGCUCCAACUACAACUACAGUUGUCCCCACGACAACCACAACUGCUGCCACAACAACCAUACCUGAUGCCACUACUACCACAGAUGCUCCAACUACAACCACAGCUGCUCCAACUACAACCACAGUUGUCCCCACGACAACCACAGCUGGUGCCACAACAACCACAUCAGCUGCCCCCACAACCACAGCUGCUCCAACUACAACCACAGGUGCUCCAUCUACAACCACAGCUGCUGCCACUUCAACCACAGCAGCUGCCCCGACAACUAGAGUUGCUCCAACUACAACCACAAAUAUUGCCACAACAACUAUAGCUGCCACCCCAACAACCACAGCUGCUUCAUCUACAAACACAGCUACUAAAACAACAACAACUUCUCAAAGUACAACCACAGCUGCUACUACGACUUCCACAGCUGCUGCUACAACAAUGACAGCUUCUCAAAUUACAACCACAGCUGUUCCCAUGACAACCACAGCUGCUGCCACCACAACCACAGCAGCUGCCCCCACAACCACACCUGCUUCAACUACAACCAUAAAUAUUGCCACAACAACAACAGCUUCUGCCACAAAAACGACAGAUGCUCCAACUACAACCACAGCUGCUUCUAUAAUAUCCAUAUCUUCUGCCACGACAACCACAGCUUCACCAACUACAACCACAGCUGCUCCAACUACAACCACAGUUGUCCCCACGACAACCACAGCUGGUGCCACAACAACCACAGCAGCUGCUCCCACAACCACAACUGCUCCCUCUUUAACCACAACUGCUGCCACAACAACCAUACCUGCUGCCAGUACUACCAUAGCUGCUCCAACUACAACCACAGCUGUUCCAACUACAACCACAGCUGUUCCAACUACAACCACAGUUGUCCCCACGACAACCACAGUUGCUCCCUCAACAACCACAGCUGCUCCAACUACAACCACAACUACGUCCAUGAUGACCACCACAGCUCCUGCCAUGACAACGACAGCUGCAACUGCUGCAGCAGCCACCACAACCACAGUUUCUGCUACAACAACCAAAGGUGUUCCAACUACAACCACAGCUGCUGCCACUUCAACCACAGCAGCUGCCCCCACAACUACAGUUGCUCCAACUACAACCACAAAUAUUGCCACAACAACCACAGCUGCCACCACAACGACCACAGCUGCUCUAACUACAAAAACAGCUACUGCGACAACAACAACUCCAACUACAACCACAGCUGCUCCAACGACAACCACAAUAACGUCCAUGACAACCACCAAAGCUCCUGCCAUGACAAUGACAACUGCAACUUCUGCAGCAGCCACCACAACCACAAAUGCUGUCACAACAACCACAGAUGCUCCAACUACAACCACAGCUGCUGCCACAACGACCUCAGCUGCUCUAACUACAAACACAGCUGCUCCAACUACAACUACAGUUGUCCCCACGACAACCACAACUGCUGCCACAACAACCAUACCUGCUGCCACUACUACCACAGCUGCUCCAACUACAACCACAGCUGCUCCAACUACAACCACAGUUGUCCCCACGACAACCACAGCUGGUGCCACAACAACUAUAAUAUCCAUAUAUUCUGCCACGACAACCACAGCUUCACCAACUACAACCACAGUUGCUCCCUCUACAACCACAACUGCUGCCACAACAACCAUACCUGCUGCCACAACAACCAUACCUGCUGCCACUACUACCACAGCUGCUCCAACUACAACCACAGCUGCUCCAAUUACAACCACAGCUGCUCCAACUACAAUCACUGUUGUUACCACGACAACCACAGCAGCUCCAUCUACAACCACAAAUGUCCCCACAACAACCACAGCUGCUGCAACCACAACCACAGCUGUCGCAACAACCACAGCUGACGCCACAACCACCAGACCUGGCAUAACAACUACCACAGUUACUGCCACAACGACCACAGCUGCUUUGACUACAACCACAGCUGUACCAACUACAACUACAGCUGCUACAACUACAACUACUGCAGCAGCCAUGACAACAACAGCUGGUGCCAUGACAUCCACAGCUGCUCAGACUACAACCAAAGCUGCUGCCACAACAACCACAGAUGCUGCCACAACAACCACAGAUGCUGCCGCAACAACCACAGCUGCUCCAACUAAAACCACAGCAGAUGCAACCAUGACAACAGCUGCUGCCAUGACAACCACAGCUGUUCAAACUACAACCACCAGAGCAGCCACCACAACGACAGCAGCUGCCACAACAACCACAGCUGCUGCCAAAACAACCACAGCUGCUCCAACUACAACCACAGCAGACACACCCACAACCACAGCUGCUGCCAUGACAACCACAGCUGUUCAAACUACAACCAUCGGAGCAGCCACCACAACCACAGCACCUACCACAGCAGCUACCACAGCAGCUGCCACAACAACCACAGGUAAUCAAACCACAACCACAGCUUCACCAACAACAACCACAGCUGCUUCCUCUACAACCACAGCUGCCACCACAACCACCACAGCUGGCAUAACAACUACCACAGUUGCUGCCACAACGACCACAGCUGCUUUGACUACAACCACAGCUGUACCAACCACAACUACAGCUGCAGCCACGACAACCAUAGCUGCUCCAACUACAACAACUGCAGCAGCCACGACAUCCACAGCUGCUGCCACAACAACCACAGCUGCUUCCACUACAUCCACAGCUGCUGCUACGACAAUCACAGCUGCUUCUGCUACAACCACAACGACAGCUUAUCCAAUGACAACGACAGCUGCUGAUACUACAAACACAGCUGCUGCCACAACCCCAGCUUCUAUUAGAACAACCACAGCUUCUCCAACUAUAACCACAGCUGUUCCUAUGACAACCACAGCUGCUGCCACCACAACCACAGCUUCCGCCAUGAACAACACAGCUGGCAUCAUGACUACCACAGUUUCUCCCACAACAACCACAGCUGCUCCAACUACAACCACAACUGUUUCCAUGA